AUGAGAUCGGUGAAUCUGGAUAACAUGCCAAGCACUAUCAGAGCCGCCACGACGGAUAGGCCCCGAGAUCUCCUGCUGAUUCAGCAGGCCAAGCCCGCAGGCAGCAACAACAGCAGCAACAACAACAACAACAGGGCCUCGCCCGGUGGCAGCCACACGUACAUCGAUGCGGACGCCGCCACUGCCGCUGCCGUGGCGAGCCUGCGCAGCAAGGUGCCCUCCAUAUCUAUAAUCCCGCUGCCGGUGUCCACCACGAUCGUGACCAGAAGUGGCCCGGCAACCCAGACCACCCAGCCGCCGCAGCUAACGCAUGCUCGCAGCACCUCCAAAAAGGCCACAGCCACAUCUCCGCCUCUGGCCUUCCUCUCGGAUGCAGGUGGAUCGGGAACUGCAGCCACUCCCGCACUGGCGAUCCUGCAACGACCGCAGCAGCAGCACCAGUACCAGCAGACCGACAAGUGCACCGUGCUGAAGCUGGACAUGCACUCGAUAGAACAGCAGCUGAGCGAACUGGAGGCCGCCGACGAGGAGGAGGAGAACAUGGCCAACCUGCUGGGGAGCACGCCGCCGGCCCAGAUCCUGGCCAACCAGCCCAUCAUCGUGAAGAUCGAGCCGACCCAGGCCUUCCAUAUCGUGGACGAGGGCGAUACGCGGGUGCUAAGCCUGCCCCUUAGCGAUGCCGACAAGUUGGGGGCCAGCUGGAUCGACCUCAAGGACAUUACCGGCCUUCAGGCGGGCAGCGGGGCCGCGCUGCUGGAUGUGUGCUUCGAGCAGACCAAUGAGGACGGCACCAUCAUAGCCACGGAGCCCCCAGACCCCAAGAGAGUGGCCAGGCAGCAGCCGGCGCGAACGCAGCUCAAGUACAUGUCGGAGCCCCCGGCCCUGGCCAGGUCGAGCAGCUUCAGCAGCCUGAGCAGCUUCAGCAGCAUCAGCAACAUCAGCUCCGUCUGCAAGACCAUGACCAGCAACACCAGCGAAAGCACCAUCAGCAAUCCCGUCAUCAUCAGCUACCAGCAUCCCAAGGGGCGGAACCGGCCCAAGGAGGGAACGCCACCGCCAAUGUCGCUGCUCAUCGCACAGAAGCCCGCUGCAACGACAGCACAGGGAACAUCUGCCACAUCGGCCAGAGAGAGCCACGGCAGCAGCAGCAGCACCAGCAGCAAUGCCAUGACAGACGACACCCCGCUCCCGAGCAAUAUGCUGAGUGCCAGGACCUGGCCCUGGCUGAAAGUGCGUAGCAAAAGUAUUCACAUGACUGGCCAAGCCAUUCUGUACAUCAAGGUGUUCAAACUGACGACAUAG